UCCUGCUGGGGUUUGUAGUCAAUCCGCGCCCCAGCACCACACCGAAACUUACAGGGGUCGUCUUCCAAACCCCUGCACCCUAAAACCCCCCCCUCUCUCUCUCUCUCUCUCUCUCUCUCUGCAAGAUAGUGUAUUGAUUCCUGCAAGCUGGGAAACUUCAAAACACUUAGAUUGGCAUUCUGAAUUGAAAUGGAGGAACCAUCAUUUUUCGACAGGAUGAUUAGCCACCUUCGCUCAACCAGCAGGUAUUAUACUGGUUAUCCAAAGGAUCUUGGGCCUUCACGGAUUAUUCAUUUCACUUCUGAGCGUCAGUUUGUCCAGCUCCUACAUGAAGGUCACCCUGUGGUGGUUGCAUUUGCCAUCAAGUGUACUUAUGCAAAGCACUUUGAUAAAGUAUUGGAGGAAGCUGCUGCUGAGUUUUAUCCAGAUAUAAAAUUUAUGCGUGUUGAGUGUCCUAAAUAUCCUGGAUUUUGUAUAACACGGCAAAGGAAAGAUUAUCCUUUCAUUGAAAUAUUUCAUAGUCCAGCACAAGCAGCAAACCAGGGAAGGGUUGCUGAUCCGAAUAUAACCAAAUACUCGGUCAAGGUUUUGCCGUUCAACUAUGAUGUUAGUGCAUAUGGGUUUCGGGAGUUCUUUAAGCGGCACAGCUUACGUCCAUCAGAUUCAAACUGAUGGUUGGUUACUAAGUCGGGCAUUGUGGAAACACACCACAGGGUUGUCGAUACUGGUUAGGAAGCUUCUGGUGGAGUUUCAGACAUCUGAAAAGCUCAGUUUGUGGGAGAGAGGCUAUGGAGAGAAUGUGCUGUAAGCAAAAAGCUUCAAGGUUGGUUUUCAAACUGUGUACACUUGUAUGAAAUUCCAGACUAAUUCUAUUUUUUGCCGCAUUCGGUUUUUAGCA